GAUACCUUGCGCGCGUGACGUUCAUCUCUUGGUUCUCUUUUCGUACCCUUUUCGUACUGCACUGUACUGUGACGAGCGGGGUGAUGGCAGCAGCUGCAGUGAAACUUAACAAUGGAGCAUUAAUGCCCUCUGUUGCAUUAGGGACAUGGAAAUCCAAAAAGGGUGAAGUUGGCAGAGCUGUCAGGCUUGCUUUACAGUACGGAUACAGACACAUUGACUGUGCGCAUAUCUACCUAAAUGAGGAUGAAAUUGGCGAAACAUUUGCAGAAGUUUUUAAAGAAGGAAAAGUGAAGCGGGAAGAUGUUUUUGUCACAUCAAAACUCUGGUGUAACUGCCAUGCGCCUGAAGAUGUGUUGCCAGCUUGCCAGGAGACUCUGAAAAAUCUACAGUUAGACUACCUGGACUUGUACCUGGUACAUUUUCCUUUGGCGUUUAAAAAAGAUUCACCAUAUCCCAGAUGCAUUGCCGAUGGUGUGAUUGGAUAUUCCCCUGAAGGCAUAGCAAAUACCUGGAAGGCCAUGGAGAAGCUUGUUGAUAUGGGCCUCUGUAAAGCCAUUGGAAUCUCAAACUUCACUAUAAAAAAGACUCAAGCUCUUCUGGAAACUGCCAAGAUACCACCAGCCUGUAAUCAAGUGGAACUUCAUCCUUAUUUGCCACAAGAACAGCUCAUAACCUUCUCCAAAAGUAAAGGCAUUAUUGUAACAGCGUAUUCACCAUUGGGAUCAGCUGAUAGACCAGAAAGUUUCUAUCCUAACAAGGCAACAGAGCCGAUAUUGUUGGAAAAUCCAGUGCUGAAAACUAUUGCGGAGAAACAUAACAUUUCCACUGCUUUGGUCGCUCUAGCCUGGGGCAUCAAGCGUGGAACUCCAGUCCUGCCUAAAGCUGUCUCUGAAAAUCACAUCAAAGAGAAUCUUGAAGCACUUCAUGUAAAACUAGACGAAGAUGACAUGAAGGCCAUUAAAAACAUUGGAAUACAUCACCGAUAUCAUACCCAGACAUGGAUGUAUAAACCAGAUGAAAUUCCUGAGAAUUACUGGGACGGUGAAGACUGAUUGUCUGUAGAAUAACCGAUAGUGCAAUGUUUGACAAUUACAGGGCAGCAGUGCAUUGAUGAAAGACAGUUACUUCUUUUAACGUUGUUAACGGAGUGCAACGCAGUUGUUUUGUGAUCAUAGCUAACCUCUGUUACCGUCAAGGAACUCCAAGUUAUUAUCCAGACCGACUUCGUGAAAAGAAUUUCCGAGAACUGAUAACGUCAAAGUAUUCGUGGCAUGAAACUUAAAUCUUCAGAGAGGAGAUCGUAACGGAGCUUCUUUACAACAUCAAGUUUACAACAUUUUCCAUAAGCGUGCAGCCCUUACCAAAGAGGAAAAGUUUUCAUUUAAAAGACGCGAUUUAAGUGAAAUCCUUGAAAUUGGCAUGCUUGCUAACUUAACUAAGGUUGGCAGCAGAAAUCUGGUGAAGUCAAGAAAAACUCGCCCGGGUAGAUCCAAAAACAAGAAGCCUGAAGAAGCUUAAACCGAAGAUGAGCUAAUUUUUGUUAAACAAAAAUAAAGUCAAUAACUAAUAAAUAAACUGCUUUUUCGCUCAAAAAAGAUUAGUACACCUGUACCUGUUUCUCAGCGUGACAUUCUCCGCGGCAUUUGCGUUACAAUAAUAAUGAAAUUGGAGGUCAAUGGCGUCCAUGCAAAAAAGUGUCACUGUUAUUUAAGUCAGUUGUUCUAUAACACGGUUAAAUGAAGAAUAGUAACUUUUCUUUUUCGUUUAUUUAUUUAGAAUGCAAAUCAAGUACUUCAAACGCAAAAUAUUACAAGGGCAAAAACCGCAGGGUAACC